UCACACAGACGACAUACUCAGCUAUUCUCUCGAGCAGACUUAGGGGUGCACGACGUAACAGCAUUAUCAGCAGUGGAACAGACAUUCUACAACAAAAUGAAUCAUCUCCCAUUACUCUGUGUCGGUUCAUAUUUGAUAAUAUUUGCGUUUGGAUCGGAUGUGAUUAAUGUUGUAGAGGUCAAGACCCCUUCUGGCUGGGUCAGAGGAUACGAAGAAAUCCAUGACGAGGGGCAGCUGUAUAGAUUUGUAAAAAUUCCAUUUGCACAGCCUCCAUUAGGAGAUCUACGUUUUCAGAAAACCAAACCCAUUGGCGAAUGGAAAGGAGUCAAGGGAAUUAGUGCUGUAAAUGCUCCACAGUGUACUCAAGUAAUGUUCCCAUUACCAGGUUUUGAUUCAUUAGAAAAUGACGAGGAUUGCUUAUACCUCAAUAUAUAUGUACCAGGAAAAAUUUCUAAAGAAAGAAAUCUGUCUGUUAUGGUAUGGAUUCAUGGCGGAGGGUUUAUGAUUGGUGGAGCAAGUCAGUACAAACCUCAGAAGCUAGUGCUAGGAGGAGAUGUAAUCGUUGUUGCCAUUAGUUAUAGAUUAGGUCUCCUUGGGUUUCUAACAUUACAUGACCCUCUUGCACCAGGAAAUUAUGGGCUGUGGGAUCAGAUCGAGGCUUUAAAAUGGGUUCAAAAUAAUAUUGCAGCCUUCGGAGGCAAUCCAAAAUCAGUUACUAUAUUUGGAGAAUCAGCAGGAGGCAUGAGUGUGAGUCUUCAGACAUUGAUUCCAUCAAAUGAAGGACUUUUUCAAAGAGCAAUUUCCCAAAGUGGGGUAGUUUCGUUCUUUUGUAUUUCAAGGAGAAGGGAAGAAAAAGAAACUAAUGACGUUUUGCUUAAAAAUACGAAUUGUACAGACAAAGGCGGUAUAGCAGAAACCCUGGAAUGUCUGCGAGGAGUAUCGGCAGAAAAUUUGACAGCAGCAGUACCUAUGAUGGAAUUUGAAAAAUCUUUUAAUAUAAGUUUUGAAUUUGGAAGUUUGGUUCCAACAGUUGAUGGUGAAUUGAUCAAAGAAAAUUUGGCUUAUCCAAAGUCUUGGGACGACGAGAUUUAUCGCUUUUUCCGAAGUAUCGAUUACAUAUCAGGUACUCUGGAUGCAGAAGGAAAUUCUCUGCCUCUAAUAUUAUCCGAAGAGACUCAAAAUCACUUCAAUUUUAAUGUAUCAGAACGGGUUCCAGUAAGCGUUUUAUGUGAAAUGUUAGCACCAACGUUUGUUAAUACAGCUACAGGUAAUAUUCCGGAACUAACAAAGGAAAUAUGCGAGUUUUACACUACUUCUGAGGGUGUUAAUGAGCAGAGUAUGAGAGUGACCGACUUCAAUGGCGAUUCAUCGUUCAUCGUACCCAGCAACAUUAUGCUAGAAAUCCAUGCAAAAAACAAUGAUAAAGCUAAAACAUACCAAUACUUAGUCACAAAACCAUCUCCUUUUCCGUUCAUCCCAGAAUUACCAGAAUGGUAUAGUGGGGCUGGACAUGGCGAAGAACUGCAUUUAAUGUUUAACGUGACCUCAGAUCAUGUCCCAGAGGAGACACUGAAAAAACAAGACUUAGCGUCCGUAGAGAAGCUGUCUAAAGACGUCGUUAAGUAUUGGACUAAUUUCGCAAAGUAUGGUGAUCCAAACUCAGAAGGCCUUCCAAAAUGGUCCAGCUUUGACACUGUCACCAAAAAAUAUGCUAUUCUGGACACUCCCGUAACAGAAGGAGAAAAUCUUAAACCCGAUGCCACAGAUUUAUUAAGGAAAGUCAUUGAAAAAGGACGAUCUAAUGCAAUUCAUGACGAAUUAUAGCAAAACUUUGAGGAGAUUUCAUUCCUGUUUAUUCUCAAUCAGUUCCAACUAAUGUUUUUAAAAUCUCAUAGUGUGUCUUGAAAAUUCAACUCUUGAUAAUGAAUAUUACAUAUAUGUACUUAUUAAUCUUAACCAUAGUGUCAAUUUUAGUACCUUUUA